AGACCUGUCAGGACUUCACUUGGAUCCAUGGCUGGGCUCAGGGGUGGGCUGUCGGUAGUACUGACUGCAGCUCUGUUGCUGGUUUCAGUUUGUGGUUGGGAGGAGGUUAACGAAGCUCCUCUUUGGGAACUGGAUGGGACAGAGCAGUGGGGUGACCUAGUUAGUGAGCCUGUGUCAGAUCAGUACGAGGACUAUGAUGAUGGUGGUGAUGCCGACGUUGAUGGCGUGGCCACUAGUGAUGUUGUCCACCCUCUUUCUCAUAAUGCCUUUGAGCUAGCAAAUGUAGAUUCUGGCCAAAGAAGCUGGGUCAGUGGUCGUGGCUUUCAGGUUGAAGCUACAACUGUCCAUCCGAGCAGCUGUACCGACAAUACAGGUCUGAGUUCGUCUGGGCUGGGUGUGGUUUGUGGCAAAGCUGAAUUCCAGUUUACUCUGACAGGUCAAUUAAGUGAAGUUAAAGUUUUGGGUGAGACGAAUAUGUCUGUCAUGGAUGUGCCAGGGUCUUGUGGGUAUGAUGUGGGCCCUUUUAACAACAACUUUACUAUACCCUUCAGUGACUGCAAUGUGGAACAUACUGAUGGAUACAAACUGCGGUUGUCAUACAUUGAUGAGAAUGGCCAGGCACAAGUUGUUACUGCGUCUUGUGAGGGAGGUUCAGAGUUUAGCACUGGACCCUUUCCUCGCUCCAGUAGUCAAUUGCAUGCCAGGGGAUGUAAAAACGGUCCAUCACCCUUGCUGUCCCCUUUGCCACUGUCGCCAUCACACUCACGAAACUGCACAGUCUCAAAGGGGGACUGGGUGUGUUGUGGUGAUGUGGGUGUAUCGGCCUCAGAAUGUGAAAAGAUGGGAUGCUGUUUUGAUCAUGGCGCAGCUGCUUGCCACUAUCCAGUGAACGAGCCGCUGCCCCGGGCCUUUCCCUCACUCUCAAAAUUACCUGUGCCAUCAGUGUCUCCAUCACCACCAUUGAAAGCACGGAAUUGUGCAGUUUCCAAGGAGGAGUGGGUGCGUUGUGGUGAAUUGGGCAUAUCAUUUUCAGCCUGUGAAACAAUGGGAUGCUGUUUUGAUGACUGUGAAUCUGCCUGUUACUAUCCAUUGGAUGAGUGCUCUGAUGAUCACCACUUUGUUUUUGCAAUUCGAUACAACUCUGCUUUUGUCCCUGUGGAUACCACCAAGCUUGUUACUCCUGGGAUGCCACACUGUAAACCUGUCAUUGUUAAUGACAAAGUUGCCAUCUUCAAGUUUCAAGUCACAGAAUGUGGAACACAUUCUUAUAAAGUUGGUGAGACAGUGGUAUACCUGACUGAAGUGCAGACUGUUAUCCCAGCUCUGAAACUAAAGUAUGGUAUAAUUGCAAGAACUAAUCCACUUAGCUUUGUGUUUGAAUGCCGCUAUUACAAAAACGGAACAGCUUAUGCGGCUCCGCAGUCACUGGUCAGCGUCGGCUACACUGUUAAGAUACCAAGUUCCAGUUUGCCAUCAACUGUGAUCUCUGACGGCUUGUAUGGUGUUGAGCUGAGAAUUGCUAAAGAUGCUACAUUCUCAAGUUACUGGCCCAGUAACCAUCACACCCUGCGACUGCUCCUUGGCACAAAAGUGUUUCUUGAACUAAACCUGCUGUCUCCAACACCAGAUGCACUACUACUUGUCCACUACUGUGUAGCUUAUCCUCGGUCUGCAAAGAAUGCACUGGUGCUCAUUUAUGAAGGGUGUGCCAACCCUUAUGAUCCAACUGUGGCCAUCCUUAAAGUCCAUGGCUUUUCCCAAAAUGGCAGCCAGAGGCGCUUCUCUGUUGAAGCCUUCCAGUUUAUGGAUAUAACACAAAACCAGUACCUUGAUGAAGAAAUCUAUUUCAUGUGUUCUGUUGAAAUUUGUAUGCCACUAGAAAGGAAGUGUGAAGAGCACUGUUUUGAUGGAAAGGCACCAUAAGAGUUUGCAGUUUGAAAACCUGUUGAAAUGUACUGAGAAUAAAUGGAAUUUUGUAAUAAACAAA